AUGGGGACAGAAGGAGACUUUGCUUGGGGCGAUGGGUGCAGGAUGCAGUGUGCAGGUGUUGUUCAGCUGAGAUGUGACCGCAAGAAAGAGAAUUCAUCCGUGGUAAGGUUUACCAGUGAAACCAAGGAGACAAUAGAGAAUAAGCAUGAGCAGAAGGGCUACGUGCUACUUCAGUACCUGCCUUUCCAUUUACCUAUAGCAUUUGAGAAACCCCAUGGCACAGAAAUUCUGUGGACUCAAGAUAGUGAGAGUUCAGGGAGCCUCAACAUGAGUACAACAUCAGGGCAAAGUCAAGAGGAGAAGGAAAGGCGGGACACGGGGACCUCCCUGGGACGGAAUCAUGAUUCCAAUCACUUUCGUCAACUUUUAUGUCCAGACCCCUCCUGUGACAUAUGUAACAAUGCAACAGCUGAAGUCAAUCAGCUUUUCUCAAAGGCUCUGGAAAGUUCUACUCCAUCAGUGUCCCCUGUGGUUUCCACAGCUCCCAUGACAGCUCUGGAAAGAUCUACUCCGUCAGUGUCCCCUGUGGUUUCCACAGCUCCUGUGACAGCUCUUGUGGCAGAGCCUUCAUUCCAUCAGUCUUCUGCUUUCCCAGGAGUUCCUAAAGGAGAACUCAGACCACCAUCUCUGAUUGAGCCUUCCCUACCAUCUCCCUCUCCUCUCCCCACCAACUCAAUAACCGCCUUAGGUAAUUUUCUGUCACCAUCACCAUCAUAUCAAACUCUGACUACAGAGCCAUCCUCUCACUCAGACUCUGAACUUCUGGGACAACAUUCCUCAUCCCAAACGAAACACUUCUCUUCAUCCUUGACACAAUAUGAUUUCCAUCAAAAGUUGUCUGACAUUCAUUCUACAAAAAUCUCUUCUGUGGAAGACACUGCAGUCAAACUUACAGAUCCAACACAGCUCUUCUUUCUCAGUUCAGAAGAGCAUGACUCAGUAGAGCAUGACUCAUAUCCUAAGACCUGGGAGGACAAUUUAAAGCAAGAAGUUAUCCAGCUUUUCUGGGGGCUUCCAUCUCUGCACAGUGAGUCCUUGCUCUCUGCUGUGCAUGCCUCCGGUUACUAUUCAAUCUUCAAUAGCAUCUCAAAUGCCUUUAUAAGCCAAGGAUCCUCAGGACUUCCUUAUUUCCUACCUCCAUCCUUGCCUAAGGUCCAACCUCAACUUCUGCCUCAAACUCUGCCUCUAUACCAUCACUCACCUCUCACUCAGCUCCAACCCCAGGUCCACCUUCAAUCCCCACUCCCAAUCCUACAGGCUGGUCUCAUAGACCAGACUAAGGUCUGUGGAGCAUAUUGCCAUACACCUCUGAAUGAAUCAGAAAGUCUCACCUCAUCUGAUAUUGAAGAACUGGAAUUGAAUGUGUUAAAGAAGAAACAGGAAGGUUUGUGGGGUUUACCCUCUCUAGCUCUAAGUUCUUGGGAAGCCUGCUUUCCUUCAGCUCCCACCUCCCCUUACUAUGGGCCCUCCAAGGCCCAUAUUUCAAUCUCCAUUGAUCAUUUUGAGUAUCCUCUCAGCGCUGAGUUUAGAAAGAAAUUUGAACAUCACCUUAGGAAGAGGCUCAUCCAACACCGGUGGGGCCUGCCCCUCAGGAUCCAUCAGUCUCUGUCACUCAUGAAGCCUAGGUGUGAAUACUCAAAAAUAUCUAAGCCAAAAUGCUGCUAUGGCAUCUCAGGGAUCCCUAUGUAUAAGGCCAACGGUAGCAAAAUUCUAAAUGGAGUCACCCCAUCAGCAGACUUCUAUAAGCAGGGCUCAGAAACAUUUCAGCAGUCUGAUGAAGAGACAGACAGCUUAGGUAGUCAUCCAAAAGGCUUGAUGAGUGACUCAGACAGUACUUCAGAUAAGGGUGUGGAACGUGACAUUGAUAAAAAGAAAGUGAUAAUGCAGAAUGUAAAUCAGAGACAUCUGGUAAAUUUCCUGAAAGUACAUCUGAGCAAAAAAUUUGGGGAAAUGAGUGAGGGUCACCUACCUAGGACUGUGCAGAGUUCACAUCACUCUAUCCAGCAUACACUUUCAGUAGAAUCCAACAGGGAAAUUAAACAGAGAAGUCUGCCACCAUCAGUGGGUGGGGACUACUGUCUGAACAAGUGCCAGGAGCCGUCCUUCUAUCCAGAGAUGCUGGAAGACCAGGAUACUAACUUGCCUACAAAGACAUUUGGAGGCCUCCCUGCUAAAGCUCUUGAAUCUACAGAGGACUUCAAAUCAAAAGGCACUACCUCUCAUUCCUUGAUCAAUCCUCACUCUUCCUCCACAACCAAAGUGAUUUCUGAGGUGAGCACUGAAUCUGGAACCUUCACACUUCUGAAAGGGAGUUCUGAAUCCCUUCACGGUGACCAAGUGAAAACAAAAAAUGUAGCCCCUGUCUUGAAUCUUCUCUCUACCAUCUCACUUAUGAAUAAAGUGGGAGAGGUGAUUCAGCACAGACUUUCUGAGGAUUUUCAGACAAUUUUGGGAGGCCAACCACCUCCUUUACCUGUCACAAACACCAUCCCUGACAAAACAAAUCAGAAUCCUUCUCUGACAGGCAACAUUCAACCUUCAAAGCUGCCUGCAAGGCAAGCAAAUAGAGAAUCUGCACCAAAGAAUAAGAGUGUGAAUUUUACUGACAGAACUGAAAUGCCAGAGGCCACAAAUAGGGAUGAAGCAGAACCUGCUUCCAUGACCACCGAGCCCAGGGAGAUAGCCAGGGCUGAGGAGCUCUAUGCUCUUCUGUCUGUGACAACCAGCCAGCAAGGGACCUCCCAAAAGAAAAACAGAGACACCACUGCGACUACUGAAAACCCACCAUCUAAACUAUCAGAUCCAGCUCCUAACAUUUCAGAACUUAGAAAGCAACUAAUUGGUGAGUUGAACUUGAAGUUGGAGAGCAGGAAGCAGAGCCAGGCCCAAGGCCAACCCAAGGACAUGUCCAGUGACUCAGGCAGUUUGACUGACAAAACCUCCCUGACUCCUGCCAAGUGUGUCUCAGGUGUGAACAAGGAAGUACAUCAGGUGCUGCAUGUACAUUCAGAGGACAGCACAGUCAGGAUAGAGAAGCCGCAGGAAUCUCGGCUUCCAAGGCAUGCGUUAAAGUCCUGCCAGGAUGAGAAUUUCCCACCAGGGGUAAAGAAAGAUACUGUGUGCCCUCCCACCAAGCCUACAGCCUCUAAAUAUGAAGAGCUUGGUGGAGGAGAUGCUCGAGUGAUAAUUUCCCAACUUAAAGGGAAGAGAUUUCCUCCUCAGGACACUGAUGUAAAGGACAUGCAUGGAAGCAAGUCUUUCCACAACUUGCCACAGAAGGGACAGGCUCCUACGGAUGGCCUUUUUCUAAAUAAAAUGAAGAACGUUUUUCAAAGGCUCCAUCCUUUAAUCACAGGGACAAUGCCAGAAACCAUCCCAAAAGCGGGAAGACACAUAUCAUCUGCACAGAGCAGAGGCCCAGUUAAGAACAGAGCUACCUUCACUGGGACCCAGAAAGUCCACAGAGUCAGGUCCGAUAUUGUGAACUGCCCAGAAGAGAAGCAGGGGCAUAGGCAGGCAGGAGCUACCACCUAUCCUCAAGAGCCCCUUCCCUCUGCAAUGCAGUCGGGGAAACCUGUGCAGAAGGCAGCAGUGCAGGCCAGGGUAAAGUCUGUGCAGGGCUGUGAUUUAAACUGUAGGGCUCUCUUCCCCCAUGUGACAAAUAAGAAGUCUGGCCUCCAAGCAGCUAUCUCUGAUGACCAGAGAUCCACAAGUAUUAGACAUAACAGGAAGGAUGAAAGAACCUUCUCAAAAGCAGUGAUAUUAAAGGACCACCAAGUAUGCCAGAAGCACCCCCAAUCUGUGUCCCUCAAGGGGACUGUACCUCCUCCAAGCCCCACCUGCAGGUCUCAAGCUGCCAAGGGGCCUCCGGCUGUUUCCACCACUGCUGGAGGCACUGCUUUCAGACAUCAGCCUCCAAGAUUUAGACACACAAUGCUUCUCUAUAAUUUCCAGGGGAAAACAUUUCCCGCCCCCAAAUAA